CAGUUCUCGUAAGUUUACCUAUUCAUGUACAGUGUUGAUAUUCUCCGUGACCCAUUCAAAAGGCGAAUUUCAUUCAACGAGGGUCCGCUCGCGGAGCAGAUAUCGCGUACGUAUGCGCAUGCUGACCGCGUUGAUUUUUUCAGGGCGCAGGGCAUGUGGUCGAAUAGCCGACAAUUUGUGACCUGCCGCAGUGGGUUCUAGUGGGAAUGAGAGCGUCCGCUGGCCGUGUUUGUACGUGAAUAGUGCGUUAUCAAUGCG